AUUCCUUACUGUAUAGAUGGCUAUCAUGUGACGGACAUGUGACUGACCCCUCUUUCUCCAACUGCUUCCCCUCAUCCUUCAUCCCUUCAUCCACCAUCCACACUCACUACACUCACUACACUCACACUCUUUCUUUCACUUGCACCACCUAAUCCUCAUCGUGUCACUCUUUAUAAGUCCAACCGACCCUUACUCCCAUCCUCGCCUCAUGGCCUCCCGCCCCGUCAUCGCCAUCGCCGGCUUGGCCUGCGAAACCUCCGCCUUCACCCCCGCACGCACGCACGCGCCCGCCUUCCACCCACGCCGCAGCCACGAGAUCCUCGACGAAUACCCCUUCCUGCGCCCCGACACUCCCCUCGGCACCGCCGCCUCCUGGCAUGGCGCAUUAAUCGGCCACGCACUGCCCGGGGGAAUCGUCGUCCGCGCCGACUUCGAACAACUCGCCACCGAGAUCGUCUCCCGGCUCACCCAAAUCGCAGCCUCAACCCCGAUCGACGGACUAUGGUUUGACAUCCACGGUGCCAUGGUGGUGGAGGGACUGGACGAUGCAGAAUUCGAACUCCUCACUCGGAUCCGCAGGGUCGUCGGACCGCAGUGCGUCGUCUCCGCCUCGAUGGAUCUCCACGGGAACGUGUCGCGCAAUCUCGUCCAUCAAACCGAUCUGAUCACCUGUUAUCGUAUGGCGCCGCACGAGGAUGAGACGGAGACAAAGGAGCGCGCGUGUCGGAAUUUGGUGGAUCUGCUUCGUCGGGACUGUGCACCCGGUGCGACCGUGCGCCCGCGCCGCCCGCUCAAGGCAUGGAUCCCCCUGCCCAUCUUGCUGCCGGGGGAGCAGACCUCCACCCGGGUGGAGCCGGCCAAGGGACUGUACGCGCUUGUGCCUGAGGUCGAGGCGAUGGAUGGGGUGAUCGACGCGGCGAUCUGGGUGGGUUACGCGUGGGCGGACGAGCCGCGCAACCGCGCGGCGGUCGUCGUGACGGGGUGGGAGGAGGGUGCGGUGGCGACGGGGGCGCAGCGGCUGGCCGAGGCGUUCUGGGAUGCACAUGCGGAGUUCCACUUCGUCGGGCCCACUGGCUCAUUUGCCGAGUGCAUCGAUGUGGCGCUGGCGUCUGCGCCCGAGGCGCGGCCGUUCUUCAUCUCGGACUCCGGUGAUAACCCUACCGCUGGCGGGUCGGGGGAUGUCACCUGGGGGCUGACUCGGUUGUUGGAGCGACCGGAGUUCAAGGCGUCCGAUGGACCGGUCGUGAUCUAUGCCAGCGUGCCGGGGCCGCAGGCCGUGCAGACCAUGGUGGAUGCAGGGGUGGGUGCCACGGUGACGGUCACGGCGGGGGCAGAGGUGGAUGCCGUUCAUGCAGGGCCGAUCACCUUGACCGGGCGCGUGCAUGCGAUCAGGCAUGGUGACAAGGAUGCCCAGAUCGAGGCGGUGCUGCAGGUGGGCUCGGUGUUUGCGAUCCUGACGCAGCUCCGCAAGCCCUACCAUCACGAACGGGAUUUUACUGAUCUGCAGCUGACUCCUCGGAAGGCCGAUCUGGUCAUUGUCAAGAUCGGUUACUUGGAGCCAGAGCUGUUUGAAAUGGCUGCUGACUGGAUGCUGGCGUUGACUCCAGGAGGCGUCGACCAAGACCUCGUCCGUCUGGGACACCGCCGCAUUCGUCGUCCUAUGUGGCCUUUUGAUACAGUCUUUCCUUCGCCCCCUGACCUUCGUGCGCGCCUGAUUCCUGCUUCGGAUCAGACGCUGUCGGGGCCGGAUGAGUAAUUAAUUGACGCAGAGCGUAGUCGCCCCGUUGAGUAGCAAGAAGGUAACUUCGCAUAAUCUCAGGCGGCAUUAACAUCAAGAGCAUCUGGAACUACGCAAAAACCGGUGUAAAUCAAGUCAAUCAUUACAUCAUAUUGCCACGAGACGAGGUAUCUAAACAGUACAGUACACGACACGAGAUCAAACAUCAAAACUUCUACUCCUUGUUGGC